GCUCACGCUCUACGAUCCAAAUGCCCUCCUCGGCGAUCCGAAGCGAGGAUUAAAACUCGGAUCGGCGUUACAUACGCCCUUUCCCUUUUGUCCCCGUUACAUGCUUCCGCGAUUCGGACACACACAAACACCUCCGAGAUCUCGGAUCCACGACGACGACGACGACGACGACGACACGCUCCGAUUCUUCCCCCUCCACCUUUGAUACGAACCCGCGCCGUCGCCAAAAUCUCGCGCGAUAAUCCCCCUCGCGAUUCGCUCAGCUUGUGUGCAAUGUGAUUGUUACAGAAUGAGAGGAAUGAUUGCUCGUAUGGACAAACCGAAAAGUAUAUGUUGACUGGAUGAACAGUGGAAAUGCUGCUGGCCGUGGAAGGAGGUGGUUUCUUUUCUUCUUCAGCUUCAGGGUACACUGAUGGCCUUGCUCUCCUGCUCCUUGGUCGGAAAAACGAGGAGAAAACAAAAAUUUUACCAUGGAACCAAUACCGACUAGUUGAGAAAGAAACUGAGCGAGAAUAUCAACUGGCUUCUAGAAAAAACCAAAAUCCAUGUAGAUGUGCUUCCUUCAUCUGCUUUGGUUGCACACCUGCUGAACUUAAUGCGUCUUCUCCAAAAGCAGGUUCCAUUAAGCCAUCUGACAGUUCGUCAGCUGAUACAAGCAAGGUGUUAAUUCAUAAUGCAAUUAGCAGGAACGAGAGGAAGGGUUGUCUUAAGAACAGCCUAAAAAGGCUUUCUUUAGACUAUUCAACGGGAGUCAGUGAAGGUGAGGAUGCACGUGAAUCAGUUGAGGGGGAAAACAGCAUAGCUUGUUGUAUAGAGAGGAGGAAAGUUCAGUGGACUGAUACAUGUGGUAAAGAGCUUGCGGAGAUAAGAGAAUUUGAAGUCAGUGAUGAAGGCAGCAUAUCAGAUGAUGAAUCUGAGCGUGAGGUGUUUAGAAGAUGCGAAUGUGUCAUCCAAUAGAUUGUAUCUAAAGAGGAGGGACUACUCCGAGUUCUAUCACUUUCUGUAGUAGACAUUGCCUCUGCCUUUUUGCCUAGCUUGCUUGGUGGAUAGAUGUGCAACAACUUUGAUAAAUUUUGGUCCGUCUCGUUGAGUUUUCACUGGUCUGUUUGUAAUGUGUGAUCUUAUCCUGCAUCACUGAGCAUUUUUCGAUUUUUUUUUUUUUUCUGUCUUGGUUUUUAUAUUUCCUAGCAUUCUUUUUCCCUUUCUUGUUGAAAAUAUUUUCUUUUUAUUUACGUUUAUUGGUUGUUGCGUUUUACUUGCUCACUGGCGCUCUUAGAUGCUGGCA